GCUCCUCCCUCUCAGAGCAUAGCUAAGAGGAGUGAGCCGCACACAGCACAAACUUCAUUCACAGCUUUAAACUCUUUGAGACAAGAUCAGCGGUUUCUUUCAUGAUGAACCAGGAUAAGGCAGCAUAGUAUACCUGACAUGUCCUGCAGCUGCAAGCCUUGCAGAUGUCACUGCUACAGCUGGGUGCAGAGCGCCCUGCCACCUUGGAGCUACCAGGGGUUACUGCACACUCCAAAGGAUGCUCGCAUCUUCCUGGUAUUUACUGCACCCUGCCCUCUAGCUACAGCUCGGUGUGACCUGGAUGUAAGUACCCAAGCUUCAGCCCUUCCUUCUACUAUUACUUGCGUAGGUAAACGAACCAGAAAAGAAAUGUGUAACAGCUCUGUAUAUACUACAUAUCCUCGAUGUACUAAAUCAUCCGCUCCUUUAAUUUAAAAGAAAUGUCAUAAAUGCUGUAAUUUCUGGUUAUUCAUUCUCGACCUCUGCUCUGAACCCCUGGCACACUGUGGAAUUAAUGCCUCCGGGAUGUGUACUUUGUGGUUGUUUACGAUGCGUGCUUCUGACUCUGGGACUACACACAACACCACUAGCAACUGGUGGUUACAACUUUCAGCUCUGUUGUACUGACAAUGAACCUGAACUAACUGCACUUCGCAACUUUUUCACUGUCCUGCUGGCUAUGGCUGUUAUUUUUUUACCUACCUGACUGCCGAAGAUACCCAUGUUGCAUCUACUCAUUUAUACCGACCUCACUAAAAGGAAAAGCUAAGAAAAAAUGAAAGUGUAGUGAACCCAGCCUGUGCCAUAGUCUGAGUCAGAUCAUGGCUGUUAAGUUAGCUGAGCAAUUAUCGGUCUUUAUAUAUUUGCUUGCUGCAGUAGCUGCUUCCUCUGGGGGCUUUUUCCACAAUUACACUGACUUCUUAGAGUCUGCAAAUGAUGCCAAGCAGUACCAGCAGCAGAAAGUGCAAGGUUUUGCAGUGACUCCACAUCAAGUGAAAGAGUCUACCCGCUUCCAUCCAAGUUUGUUUUUCGAUGCUGGAGAAAUCACCGCCUUGCGUCAGAAAGCCCGUUCCUCUCAUCUUCAGAUUUUUAAAGCAAUAAGGGCUGCAGUGACGGUCAUGCUUUCAAGUUCUUCUUACUAUUUGCCACCACAGCAGCACGACGAUUUCACAUCCAAGUGGAAUGAAAUCUAUGGCAACAAUUUGCCCCCUCUUGCGCUUUAUUGCCUUUUAUGUCCUGAUGAUAAAUCAGCGUUGGAUUUUACCCUGGAAUAUAUGGACCGGAUGGCUAAUUACCCCGACUGGCUAGUAAAAGAUGCACCGGGCGAUGAGGUCCCUCUCGCUCAUUCAUUGACUGGGUUUGCUACGGCUUUUGAUUUCUUAUACAAUUUUCUAGAUAAACAACGGCGACAUAACUAUUUGCAAAAAAUAAUGAAUGUUACAGGGGCUAUGUAUGAAUAUUCGAAAGUCAGAUCCUGGAGUAGACAACUUUUGCACAAUCACCAGACGACUAAUAUGCUAGCACUGUUGACUGGGGCAUUAGUUGCUGGGGAGCAUGAAAACCAGGAGACCAUGCUAUGGAAGCAGUUAGUUGUAGAUGUGAUGGAAAAGACAAUGUUUCUGCUUAAUCAUAUAGUGGAUGGUACUUUAGACGAGGGUGUAGCAUACGGGAGCUACACUGCUAAGUCAGUUACACAGUAUGUUUUCUUGGCAUGGCGCCACUUUAAGAUAAAUCACAUGGAGAAUUACUGGUUGAAGCAACACUUCUGGUUUUACUAUGCCACUCUUUUGCCAGGUUUCCAAAGAACAGUGGGUAUAGCUGACUCCAACUAUAAUUGGUUUUAUGGUCCAGAAAGUCAGUUAGUGUUUUUGGACAGAUUUGUUCUUAGGAAUGGGACAGGAAACUGGCUUGCACAGCAAAUUAGAAAACAUAGACCUAAAGAUGGUCCUAUGAUACAGUCUAGCGCUCAAAGGUGGAGCACACUUCACACUGAAUACAUUUGGUUUGAUUCUCAGCUGAUUUCCCAACCUCCCACAGGUUAUGGAGUUCCAAAUAUGCAUGUGUUUCCCAACUGGGGAGUUGUGACUUUUGGAGCAGGCUUACCUAAUUCUGUCAAUAAUACUUUUGUUUCUUUUAAAUCUGGAAAGCUUGGUGGUAGGGUGGUAUAUGACAUUGUCCAUAUAAAACCAUACAGCUGGAUUGAUGGCUGGAGAAGUUUUAACCCAGGGCAUGAACAUCCUGACCAGAAUUCAUUUACAUUUGCCCCAAAUGGACAAGUCUUUGUAUCUGAAGCUUUAUAUGGACCCAAGUAUAGUCAUCUGAACAACGUGCUGGUGUUUUCUCCAUCCCCCACAAGUCAGUGUAAUCAGCCAUGGGAAGGUCAGCUGGGGGAAUGCACACAGUGGCUGAGAUGGACAGCAGAUGAGGUCGGUGAUUUGGCUGGUGAAAUUGUAACUGCAUCCCAGCAUGGACACCUAAUGUUUGUAAGUGGUGAAGCUGUAGCGGCAUACUCUUCAGCAAUGAGACUUAAAAGUGUGUACCGAGCACUGCUCCUUUUAAAUCCCCAAGUUCUAGUGGUUAUGGAUCACGUUGAACUUCUGGAAGAUUCUCCAGUCAAACUGGUUAGUGCCUUCUUUCAUAAUCUUGACAUUGACUUUAAGUACGUCCUGUACAGGUUUUUGAACAAGUACAAUGGGGCAAUGAUGGAUGUUUGGGAUGCCCAUUACAAAAUGUUUUGGUUUGAUCAUAAGGGGAAUAGCCCUGUCGCUAACAUACAAGAGGCUGAACAGGCAGCAGAGUUUAAAAAGAGGUGGACACAGUUUGUUAAUGUCACCUUUGAACUGGAAAAUUUAGUUUCCAGAAUUGCAUAUGUGUUUCAUGGCCCAUAUGUCACAGUUUCUGACUGUAGAUUUACAGAAAGUAGUAAAUACGGGCUCAGACUAUCACUUAGUGUGAACGACUCUGAAGUCCUUGUGUCACUUGCAACAGGUUAUAAUGACCUAAAUGCACGAUUCAGUUAUCUGGGAUUUGGUGGAUAUGCCAAAGUAGAAAACGCAGAUCAAGUUACAAGAUUUGGCAUAGGGACAGAGACUGCACAGAAACAUAUGAAAACUAAAUUAAACAUAUCCCAGCUUGGACAUAAAGGAACAAUAAUUUUGGGGCUUACACUGGGCAUUGCUUUGGGGCUGCUUGUAUUACACUGGAAAUUUUAUGUCUCUUUCAACAAACUGAUGCGCAGUAUUUUAAUACUUGUCAUCACCCUGUGGCUUACUGAACUGCUGAUUGUAUGGGGUACCUGCACAAAACCAUUAUGUGCUGAAUUUAAUAGUGAUGGGACAGAAAGUGAAAGUAAUGCAGGAGUUAAGUUGGAACAGUCGGAUCCACAUGUCUUUCAUUUGCCAACUGUAGUAAUAACCUCUUUACCAAGUUCAGGGGCAGAGAUUUUAAAACAGGCUUUUUACAACAGCUCUGAUUUUGUUUACCUUAGAGUACCCACCGAGUACCUUGACAUUCCAGAAGAAGAAUUUGAAAUAGAUUCAUUUGUGGAUGCCUGUGAAUGGGGGGCUGCAGAUGCCAAGAAUGGGCAUUUCACAUUAAUACAAGGCUGGUUUCAUUCACUUAUCCAUAGCACAAAACUGCACCUACAAAACAUUCAGUUGCAUGAAUCCGUCAAAGACAGAUCACAUAUGAGUGUGAGCAAAGACAGGAAAAAACGGCACAAAAACAAAGAAUCAAAUAUUAGAUCCAAAGGAAGCCUAAGCAGAGAUGCCGAGCACAUCAAACAGUUAAGAUCACACCUUGUAGCCUAUCCCAGUGCACGUGUGGUACUUAGUUUAAGUAGUGGAAGCUGGACAUUAAAGCUGCCUUUCUUACAGGAAGUUAUAGGGCCUUCACUAAAAGCACUAUACAUUAUCAGAGAUCCUCGCUCGUGGAUUUACACAAUGCUGUACAAUAGCAAACCUAGUCUUUAUUCACUUAAAAAUAUUCCUCAACAUUUAGGACUCCUAUUUAAAGAAGACAAAAGUGAAGAGAAAUGUACUUCAGAAUCAGGGUAUGCAUUUGAAUACGAGUCCCUCAGGAGGGCUGUUCAGAACUCUGAAUCUGAUGAGGUUUCAUUGUUGUCAUAUCUGUGGCAGGCAAAUACAGAAGCUGCACUAAGAAUAAACCAAGGACUGUUACAAACUAACUACUUGCUUGUAAAAUUUGAGGAAAUUGUCAUGUUUCCUGAAGAAACAGCUGAAAAAAUAUUUGCCUUUCUAGGUAUUCCUCUUUCCCCUGCUAGUCUUAACCAAAUGUUAUUUGCUGCAUCUACAGGAUUAUUCCAUCUCCCUUAUGAAGGGGAGCUUUCUCCAUCUAGUAUUAAUAACUGGAAACAGAGCAUGCCCAGGGAAGACAUUCGGAUAAUUGAAAGUAUAUGUGGAACUACAAUGGACCUGUUAGGAUAUUCAAAGCUUGUGGAUUAGAAGCUGCAGGUCAGCCUCAUUUUGCACAUAAAAAAAAGAAAAAAAAAAAACUCCACUGUGAACAGUUGGAGAAGCUAUUUUUGGAAGAUUUGUAUAAAAUUGGUAAUUUCCUUUUAAACCCAUAAAAAACAGUAUAUGGAAGCAUUAGGCACAAUGCAUGUCACUUAAAAAACGCAUUUCACUCUUGAAUAUUUUGUACAAUAUAGGUUCCAUGGUCUUAUUCUGUUGUGAAAUAGAAAUUUUAAUUUGCUAUAGUUGUGCAAAAAAUAUAUAUAUAUUUAUAAGCAGAUUAUCAGUUUCUGUGACCCCCAAUUUAAUUUAUGUGAUGUUUCAUCUUUCCUUUCUCUCCAACAGAUAAAUUUUGCACUGAAGGCUGCAAAUGUGAAAGCAAGUUACCAUUUUUAUGUAUAUGUUUCAGUAUGAUUUUUAUUUUGCCUGAUUUCAUUGUUUUUGUGUCUGUUCCAACAGUUGUCAUUGAAUGAUGAUUUCUUACUAGUUUUUGGCACUCAGCACAACAUUCUUUUGCUAUACAGUACAUUUCUUCAGAUUUGUGAGAUUAAGAUGAUAUCAGAUGUGUCAAAAGGUUUGUUUAUUCCAGUGGUGGCCUUUGCUUAAAAUGUGAAAUUGUUUUGUAAAGAAUAUGACCUAAAUUUUGUGAGAAAAUAAAGUAUGAACAUUU